AGACCACCAAGUUUUUAUUUUUGUCGAUAACUGCAGGCCAGUCGCAGCCGGAGUCCGAGCAGCACUGAGGCUCAACACCCCCACCUGCCACGCCAUCCGUCCAGUGACCGCACGCAUCCUGCUCAACUUAACCUCACCUUCACCUCACCCACUCACAGUCACAGGGUUGGUCCAUUCCAUUCACCCAAACUGCAAUCUCCACCUGCAGCCCACCACGUCCACUCAGGCAUCCCAUCUAAGCAUCAGAGUCCCCAGAAAUCAAACUCUACCCUCUCUCCAAAAACCAAUGGGCUUCAGACCCACCUUCCAAAGAGCCCUAAACCUACCAAGACCCCCAGUCUGUCAGAGCCUGGCCCAAGCAGUUCCACCACCUCCUUAAAGAAGAAAAAUAAGAAACGGCGUCACUCUGAGAUGGAAGGCGGAGAGCGAGAGCCAGCACUGGCCUACGUCAUCCCAGACAUCCCCGCUGAGCCCGAACUGAUCGAACCGGCCAGUGAGAGGAAGAGGAGGAAAAGGAGAAAGAAGAGGAAGAGGGAGGAAGAGGAUGGAGAUGCAGCCGUAGCCGUGAACCACAGGGAAAGGGUUCAGUCUCAUCUGGAGGGUUCACCGCCGGCACAAGAGGAGGACUGGUGUCAGGUAGGAUCAUGGAGACUCAGCCCCCCUGACCAAAGAGCCCUGGAACAACCAAAGCUGCCCCAUCCCCAGCCUAAGAGUAAGCUCCAGUUGGUUCCAGUGGUUCUCCAGUGUGAUGCGAAUCAAGGAGAGCAGAGUAUGGACACUGUGACGAUGAUGAAGAGGAGGAGGAGGAGGAAGAAAAGGAGAUUGGAGGAGGGACCGGAGGAAGCAACAUUAACACGUUCUGUUUCAGAAAGCAGUUCUGGGACGAAGCACACAGUUGUUGAAAACGGCGCUGGGGAUUCUACUGCCCCAAAGAAGUUAAAGAAGCGCAGGCUAAAAGAAGAGGUGAAACAGUGGGAGGAAAGCAGACGUUGUUGCUCCGGCGACCAGAAGAGCGACACUGAAGCAGCGGAGGCCCUUCCCAAGAAGGGCACCGUGGAGAGCACCGCUGGAGUGAUCGUGUGGGACAGCCAGGUUAAGGAUGGCUACAAGCGCUCCAAGGCCCCCGCUGCAGAAGCAGUAGAGGGUGCUCCUGGGGAUGGCCCCCACCCAGCCCCCAUGGUCUGGGAUGGCAAGAGGAGUGGUGGAGUGGUUGAGGAGCUCCUGAAGAACUCUUUGGACAAAGCCUAUGGAACCCAAGUCCUCAGCUGGGAGGGAGAGGCAUCUGCCAUCGGUAGGGAUGCCAUUGACGACACCCGCGAUGCCAGAACCGACAUGGUGAUUGACGAGUGGGAUGAGGACUUUGACAGUGGAAAGGUGAAGAAAAUGAAAAAGUACAAGCGAGAGAAGAGGAGGAGCGGCAAUAUCUUCCAGAAGAUCCAGAACCGGCGGAGCAUGUGGUCGGUCACACCCGGCGCCAAGAAGACCGGCUUUGGAUACCGUCACUGAGAGCCGACCAGAAUGGAUGUUUGGAUACAGUCACUGAGAGCCAACCAGAAUGGAUGUUUGGAUACUGUCACUGAGAGCCAACCAGAAUGGAUGUUUGGAUACUGUCACUGAGAGCCAACCAGAAUGGAUGUUUGGAUACUGUCACUGAGAGCCAACCAGAAUGGAUGUUUGGAUACAGUCACUGAGAGCCAACCAGAAUGGAUGUUUGGAUACAGUCACUGAGAGCCAACCAGAAUGGAUGUUUGGAUACAGGCACUGAGAGCCAACCAGAAUGGAUGUUUGGAUACCGUCACUGAGAGCCAACCAGAAUGGAUGUUUGGAUACCGUCACUGAGAGCCAACCAGAAUGGAUGUUUGGAUACAGUCACUGAGAGCCAACCAGAAUGGAUGUUUGGCCACAUACAGUACAACUGAACUGGAGUGAUGACACGUGACACCACUGUAACAAUGUGAAUCUUUUUUUAAUUGCUUGGCGGUUCAUACCCUGAUUGCAAUACGAGAGACCAUGGCCAGUUGACAGAACAACACAUCUUUGAUCUGUGCUGGUCUCUUCACUAUAGAACUUACCGCAAGUCUUCCUUUGAUGACCGAGUCUGGUGAGCUGACCAACAUGGGCUGUGAUGUUACCACCGUCAGCCAGGGUUCAGCAACAAUGAGUUGACCAUUGCUUCUAAACCGUUGUCUCAGAUGGAUAUGAAAAUAUUGUUCAGUCAAUGGUGCUCAAGCUGCUCAUGAAUAUGAUGGAUUUACAGUACUGUGAUGAGCUUCCAUCUGUGGUAAUAACAUGACACUAUGUUAUGUUAUGAAUUCAGAACAAGUCAUGUCAGGAAUUCUCAUAUUUGUACAUUUUACAUGGUUGGGCUACUCUAGGAGACGGUUCUGGGGUUUUCUAGCCGGUAUCAAAGGAUGUGGCAUGCACCAUAUAGCAUUUAUCUGUGUGAAAGGCUGAGGUGAGAGAUUUUGUAUAAUGUAUGCUAGAUAACCCUUACCCAUCAGCUAAAUGUAUUGAAACCUAUGAGGGAGACACUUGGGUUGUGUUCAGGUGGGCGAAACGUUCAGAACUUAACUUGAAUUAUAUUAAUGUAAUGAUUAGAGCUGAAAUGACUUCCUAUAGAAAAUCAUUGUGUUCUACACAAUCUAUUUCUCUGAACAUUCUAAAAUGUUGCAACCAGUGAUUUAGUGUAAAAAAAAAAAUUGGUUGGUUGGUAAACGUUGAUCGCCGCUCUUGCUGAGUAAAGCAACACUCCCUAUAUGUUCAAUGCAUUUUCCCGCAAAUGGUGGGUAAACGCUCGGGCAAAAUAAAAAAACAUGCGUAAAUGACAUUUCCGUGCGUUUACCCUCUAUUACACCACUGGUUACAACCGCUGUGCUGACUGCUGACUGGGCGAUCUGCAGGACAGUGGGCCAAUAGAGGUGAAUACUGUUCUCCUGACUCAUAUGGCCUAUUCUGGAUGUGAAGACAUGUGGUGACCAUCUCGCGCUGAUCACCAUCGGCACAAUCACCAAGUCACCUUUAAAAGAUCCCAAACAUGGACAGGACUGCAGAGGGUGAAGCCAUCAUAACUGAUAUGCUUUAUUCCCAAACUCUCUUUUAGUUUGGGAAUGAUUGAUACUUUUAUGGUUUUAUGGUUUCUUAUUCUGUGUGAUUUCUUUGCCACAAUGCCUUCUUCGUAUGUUCUACAUGACCUGAUAAAACUGACCCACUGUGGCUGCUGCUGACACAUUUACAUAUUCUGAUUCUACUGUUAUUUUACAAGCAUGAAUUUGGAGGGGGAAACAGUCACACGCCUGUCCCACGCAGACUAAAGGCCUCCAUCUUUAGGUUAAUCUGAUUGAUUAUUGUAUGCGUGAUGGUGGUAUUUGAAGUUUCCUAUAUCAGAAUAUUCAGUUCUGCGUCCCUAACAGAAUUUUUUUUUUUUUUCCUUUCCUGAGUGAAUUUGACGGUUCUGAAGAUGUAAUUUGGUAGAUGUGUCAGAAUAGAAAAUGUCAUGGUCAAUUAACACCAAGUGAUGCUGGAAUAUGAAUUGCCCCGACAUCAGCUAAUUGCAAAGUUCAUAGGCGGAUGUCUCUACCCCCAGGUCAAGUUGGGGACUGUAACGAUAACGUCAAGGCUUUGCCUGUUUGUAAUACCACAUAAUCCACUUUUUAAUGGAUUAGGCAUAUCAUUGUUUCAUCUGCUUUCUAAUCCAUUGGCUCUCCUUUCUGGUCAAUAGUCCCAUUCUGUUUUGCAAAAGAGGGUAUGAGAGUGAUUCUGGGGUGGGUGGGUUGAAUUGGGAACUUUUUUCAACCCUAGACAUCUACAGUAGGUCAUGAGUGGAGCUAAUUGCUCACCUCUUCUGCGUGUCAUUCCCAAAAAGUCCUUGGUCCCUGGUCUCUAACUAAAAGUUGUGUUGGAGCAUUACUAAACGAUGGUCACCAUCACCAGCUCCCUGGUCGCUAACUAAAAGUUGUGUUGGUGACCAUUGUUUAGUAAUGCUCCAUCUCCAGGUCCCUGGUCGCUAACUAAAAGUUGUGUUGGUGACCAUUGUUUAGUAAUGCUCCAUCUCCAGGUCCCUGGUCUCUAACUGUGUUGGUGACCAUCAUUUAGUAAUGCUCCAUCUCCAGUGGACUUCAGCUUUGUUGUGCAUCAUGUGUUUUCUGAAUGAAUUUUGGGCCUCAAUAUGAACCAACAGUUCUUUCUUUGUGUGUUCUAUCCCAGAUAAAGAGUUGCAUGUAGGCUGGUCCCAGAUCUGUUUGUGUGGUUUGGCCAACACCUAUGGCCAUUGUAAAUGUUGGAAAUGCAGCACAGACAUCUGGGGCCAGGCUAGAUUACAUACGUUGCCCCAGGCAUUGUUAGUUUGAAGUUGAUGUAUAUGCUAUUAGUACAUGACCAUUGUCCCAAUCUGUACUCUCUCUAUGCAAAUCACCCACAGACAGUCCAACUAACUGGUCAUCUGGAACCUGAUGUACCCAGCCAUCCCCCAACCUUUACAACUCUCAUGUUCAACCAACCUUCUAGCCAAGUCAACAUUUUAUUACACACCACCACCAUUUUUAUCCUGUUUUCUACCAGUGUAUUUGGGCGGGGGGGUGAAAACAUGGGAUCUUCCACUUUAUCUGGGCACUGAUUUUGAUAAAUAGAUUAUAAAUGCUAGUCAUUAAACAAAAGCGCUUGGCCAGUGUAGAAGAAUGUACAGUCCGCCUGGUGUUUCCCAAGCUUUUCCCAUCAUCCCUGUGUAGACUUAGCCUUUACAAACCAUCCGGAUCUGAUCGGCUACACGGAAACAGAAUGCAAGCUUGUGAGAUCAGGAUGAUUCGUACGAGGCUAGUGUAGUUCUAGCCACCCAUUGACUUUCAUUCUGGAGAUGUCAGCUUAAACAGUAUAGUUAAUUGAUAAUGUUAAAUAAUUUAAAGACACUUUUCACAAAUUUUUAAUGUGUUAUAAAAAAAAUACAGAUGAAAUCUGUAUUUGGAUUGGUGGGGGGUUGUGAAACUUUAAAUAGGUGCGUGUUUCAUACGAUGACACCUUGUUACUGUAGUGUCAUACAGUACGAGAGCGGUGUCAUCACCAGUUCCAUUGAAUGUGUUUAAUGUUGACUGUGAAAUGAGCUUUAGGACAUGUUCGAUUCUCAAGGAAACUGACACGAGGACAUUAUACUGGUGUGACUGAUCCACGUCAUAUUUGCAUUGGUGGUUCUAUACUUUGCACCGCCUUUUCAGACCAAGGAGAGACAUUUCAUAAUGAAAAGUGACUCUUACCAAAAUGGAUCAUGUAAUUAGCUAUACAGGUGCAAUAAAGUUGUGACUUUGUGAA